UGCAAGCACUCUGGCAGAGAGGCGGCUUUGCUCCUGUACGAACACACAGUCUGCAUAAAAACGUGCAGUGCUGGCGUACGCGGCUGUAUCAUAAGUAGUGUAUGGCAAUGACGACGGGAAGUGCAAGUGAGGACCAACGAGUCGACGAAUUCGCUCGAGCUCGAGAGAUACUCGCGGCCAUGAAAGAACGAAGGGCGCUCUUUUCGAACGUUUUGGAAGGAUCGUACAGUGUGUCGGAUCGAGCAGCGGACGACGGCCAGCAAUUAGAAGCUGGGAUCGGAAAGAAGCAAGUAGGCGGCUCCAUUGACCGCCGUGUAAUUCGGAGGCAGAUCAAGGUAGCACUCAAAGAACGGCAAAUGAUGCUCUCAAGGAUGCUGGUAGCUGCGGGUCCAAUAGCAAAGAUUGAAAAAGAUUGCUCGUCGCAUGACGACCAAGAUUCGGACACCCAGAAAACCGACGAAUCCAGUAUUUGGUCGCAACAAACAAAGUCGUCUUUCUGUUCGCCGGAUAGUAGUGCAGAACAGAUGAGACGAAACACGAAUGUUCCUCUGUUCUCGGGAAUUGAAGAGGUGUGUCAGUAUCGUAAAAAAUCAUCUUUCCGGGCGCAGAGAUUAGAUAUUUAAGAAAUGCAGGCAGGACGAAACAACUUGAAAAUGUUGUUUACUUGUAUUCGAUCGCGUUCGGACUUGUUGUUCGAUCGCCAUUCUUCUGGUAUAGAAUGCUGUCGUCUCCAGGGAGUAGCCAAGUGAAGAAAUGCAGGGAUGAUCAAACGAAAUGAGU